CGGGCCGGUACGAAAAUGCUCUUAAAGAAAAUUGGCAAGAACUUCGUGUCACUCGAUCGGGAAUCGAAGCUCUUUGUGCUUCCGCGCUCUAGGACGGGUGAAACGCAAGAAUGCGGCGUGCGUGCGGGGCUGCGGGGCGAGAAGCCUGCGGGGCGGCCGGGGGAUGCGUCGCGGUGGCGCGGGCGGCAGGGCGGCCGCGGCUCUGGCGCGUGCCGCAGUAGCGUGGAGGCGGCGCCACGGACGCCAGUCUCCAGCUCUUGCCACCGGCCCAUGCUGGCGCGGACCGGGCCACACCGCGCCACUCGCUCCCUCACGUCACGUGAAGAUGCAGCAGCUCGCCCCGUUUAGUGACACUGGAACUAUAAAUACAUACGCGUUAUGAAAUUUUAAUGAGAAUCGAAGAAAUGACAACAAUAAACCUUUAGAUAAUAAUAGUUUCGCUUAAUAUUUCAAUUAAACUUAUG